UAGUUACACAGUAUCUUACCUCUCUUGAGCCUGUCGCAUGAGGCGCGAUACGCCAGCUAUUAAGCUUUAAACGUAGAUGGGUGAAGGGUUCUUGGUGCCAAGCCGAGACCGGCGAAAUAAAAGGCCGCUUGCCGUGCAGCUCAAGUCGCCAGCGGCGUCGCAAUCCCGUCCCGCACAAAGCCGUGUCAGCCCAACAAGCCGUGUCUCGCUCGCAGCGGCCCUCGAGCCGUCCUCCUCGGCAGGAAACCGUACCGCUCCAGUCCCAGUAACGGUGAGCAGCCGGCCAGCGCGUCCACCCGAGCAGCCGACGACCACGAUUCCAAGGCCAUCGCCCAGGGAACCAACGCCAGGCGUCUCGAUAUCUUCAUACGGCCAUGGCGCGCGAGCCCAUCUGGGCGGUUGGCCGUCUAUAAUAGCGUUAAGACGGGCACCGGAGACGGCGAAGGAAUAGGCAGCAGGCGCAGCAGCUACAAGAGUGUGCACAAGCAGCUGCUCAGGCACUGCUCGUUCUUCGCAGAGCGCAGCCCGCACAGCGUCGACUUUUUCAGGCACUGCUCCACGUCACGUACGCGGAGAUGAGGAACGAGAGCUUGUCCCCCUCCCUUCGCUUCCCCUCGACCGAGCCCUGCUACGACUAGUCCCGGCGCGUUUCCCGCUACUACAGCGUCUCCGCCUAC